AUGGGGCGCCCGUCUCUCGUGCGGCUGGUGGCGCUGCUCUGCCCCAUCUUCUCCGGCUGUCGCGUCCUGCCCGUCGGGCGGGCGGCCGAAGCGCAAGGCCAGUCCCCCCUGACCGGCACGUGGCAGAACGACCUGGGCUCCGUGAUGGUGCUCGACCCCCCCGACAGCGCCGGCGCCUUCAACGGCACCUACCUGACGCGGGUGGCCGCGGCCCACCAGCGCCCCCGCGAGUCGCCCCUCUACGGCGCCCUGCACCUCGCCGGCCCCUCGGAGCAGCCCACCUUCGGCUUCACCGUCCGCUGGACCUUCUCAGACUCCACCACCGUCUUCGUGGGCCAGCGCUUGGUGGACGCCGCGGGCGAGGAGCGCCUGGACACCGCGUGGCUCCUGCGCGAGCGCGCCGACUCACCGGACGACGCCUGGAAAGCGACCCGGGUGGGCGGAAACACCUUCACCCGUCUGAAGUGAGCGCGCCCGGAACGCAGCCGGCCCUUCCGCGGCAGCUUCUGGCCCAAGAACGCGGUUUUAGCUUUCGAAUUGAAGAUGGAGGGGACGAGCGAUGACGACACGCGUGCUUUUCCGUCCCCAUUUCCACGGACAUGUUUGUUUUUGGCUCUGAUUUUUAAAUAUGUAAC